CGUCAGUCAGAGAAUAAACUGGCAGAGAGUUGGGGGGAGAAAGAGAGAGUUUGUUACUGAGGGAAUAAUUGAUUCUGCACAAGGAAACACUCAAUAAAGACUCUGACCAAGAGGACAGUCAUGGGAGUCCCGGAGCCAGAGAUUCACCUGUAAACAACAAAAGACAAUCUCCCCCCUCAGACAGGCCUCCCUUUGGCGCUCAUCUAAGUACACACCUCAGCAUCUCUGCUGAUGAACAGGACAGCCCAGAGCGAAUUGUUCAGAAGGAAAAACUCCAUGCAGAACUAAAACAAGUUUUGAGUAAAAAGAGAAGCCAGCUUAGAGACACCCAAACCACCCACACAGACAUGGAGGAACCCCCCAAGACAGACAAUAAGAAUGAGAUGGAGAAGGACAACCAGUUGUCGGAGCUUGUGGAAAUGGUUGUUGAAACACAUGCUGAGGUUGGAGCUAGUGGGUACAGUGUUGUGGGUGGAGGGGAGCAAGGUAUCUUCAUCAAAGAGGUCUUGAAAGACUCCCCAGCAGCAAAGCACCUCAGUCUACAGAAAGGAGAUCAACUGCUAAGUGCCAGGGUGUAUUUUGAUAACGUCAAAUAUGAGGACGCAUUAAAAAUUCUUCAGUGUGCAGAACCCUACAAGGUGUCCUUCUUUUUGAAGAGGACUGUGCCAGGAAGUGAAGUCAGCAUACGUCCAGGGGCACAAAAUCUUGAGCUCAGAGGACCUAAGGCCAAGAUGCAAAAAAUGAGCGUCAAAAGUGUGAAACCAUUCAAAACCAAGAAAAGGAGAGGAGGAAGAUUUGGAUUGAAACGACUGAAAGAGAACAAAAAAGCAAGAGCACAAGCAGAGAUGGAGGUUGAUGGAUCACCUGGUAGAUCAGACAUCAGUUCUGUUGAUGUUGAGUUUGUAUUCCCAAAGUUCAAGAUAAGGAAAGGUGGAAAGGCCACUGCAGAUGAAUCAGAACAUCUGGAGGGUGUUAUCACUAGUACUAAGAAAAAGAGGAAGAUCAGAUUUCCAAAGAUGAAGGCUAUGGAUGCUGCUGUUGGUGAAGGGAAGAUCAGUGUAGAUGUUUCAACACAUGAGGGAGAGGCCUCUGGAUCCAAGCUGAAGGCCAAGACGAAAGGUCCAAAAUUUGGAAUGAAUUUUCCAAAAAUUAAAAAGUCGAAGUUAGAUUUACAAUCUUCAAAUGACAGCUUUGAGGUGAAAGAACUAGAAAGCAAAUUUAAGCUUCCAUCAGUAGAGCGUGAUCUCAACAUGCCUCAGGGCGAGACUGAAACUAAUGUUUCUAAUUUUGAGGUUAGUGUUAAAGAAAAAGGAGAGGGUGCUGAGAUAAAAAUACCAAAGAUAAAUCUGGAUGUCUGUGAUACAAAGUUGACUGUCCCAAAGUUCAAACUACCAAAUGUAAGACAUUCUUGUCAUUCAGAUGAAUAUGAUGGAGAGGCAAGGAAAGAAACUGAUACGUCUGAAAAUAAACUGAAAAUGCCCAAGAUUGACAUCAAAGCACCAAAUGUGGAUUUGGACUUGCAUCUCCAAAAGACUAAGGGCAAAGCUGAAUUCAAAGAUGUUAAAGUUCCCGACUGCACUGUAAAAGCAACAAAAAUCAACACCACCAAGCCUGACACAUCAUUACCAGAGCUAAACCUUGAUGCAAAACAAAAAUUUGGAGAUGACAUUGAUGGAUCAAUGGAAAAAGAGCAUAAGAUUUCCCUCCCCAAACUUGACAUUGCAGGGCCCAAGAUAGAGAUGUCAGAUGCGGACAUUGGUCUUCCCACAUUAGAUGUGUCCUUACCAAAGAUGGCUGCAAAAAGCAUUGACACUAAGGGACAUGCAAGUACUGGAGUAAAGUUUGAAAUGACAAAAUUAGACAUCUCUCUUCCAAAAAUAGCAUCCUCUGAGAGUGAGGUCAUAUUUGAAGAACCUGGAGCAAUAUGUGGAACAAUUCACAAGCCAAAUAUCAGUAUUCCAUUGCCAAAAGGUAAAGGAAGCAAAGUUCACACACCUUCCCUUGACAUUUCAUUGCCUAAAGAUAAAACAGAGACAAACAUUGAUAUAGAAGGCCAUUCUGGAACAGGUAUAAAGUAUGAAAUGCCUAAAUUUGAUGUUUCUUUGCCUAAAUUAAAACCAUCAGAAGGUGAAAUCGACAGUGAAGGUCCCGAUAUCAAGGGUGGAAAGUUUCACAUGCCCACUAUUGAUAUCUCUCUGCCAGGAGGAGGAGCAGAAGGAGAUGUAGAUGUUGAAGGACAUGCAGGAAAAGGAAAAAAAAUUGAAAUGCCUAAAUUAGAUGUUUCUUUGCCUAAAUUAAAAUCAUCAGGAGGUGAGAUGGACAUUGAAGGUCCCGAUAUCAAGGGUGGAAAGUUUCACGUGCCCACUAUUGAUAUCUCUCUGCCAGGAGGAGGAGCAGGAGGAAAUGUAGAUGUCGAAGGGCAUGCGGGAAAAGGAAGAAAAUUCAAAAUGCCAAAAUUAGAUGUUUCUUUGCAAAAAUUAAAAUCAACAGGUGUAGUUGACAUUGAAGGUCCUGAUGUCAAGGAUGGAAAGAUUCACAUGCCCUCUAUUGAUAUCUCUCUGCCAGGAGGAGGAGCAGGAGGAGAUGUAGAUAUUGAAGGACCUGCAGGAAAAGGAAUAAAAUUUGAAAUGCCUAAAUUUGAUGUUUCCUUGCCUAAAUUAAAACCAUCAGAAGGUGAAAUCAAUGUUGAAGGUCCUGAUAUGAAGGGUGGAAAUUUUAAUUUGCCCUCUAUUGAUAUCUCUCUGCCAGGAGGAGGAGCAGGAGGAGAUGUAGAUAUUGAAGGACCUUCAGGAAAAGGAAGAAAAAUUAAAAUGCCUAAAUUAGAUGUUUCUUUGCCUAAAUUAAAAUCAUCAGGUGUUGACAUUAAAGAUCCUGAUGUCAAGGAUGGAAAGAUUCACAUGCCCACUAUUGAUAUCUCUCUGCCAGGAGGAGGAGCAGCAGGAGAUGUAGAUGUUGAAGGACAUACAGGAAAAGGAAGAACAUUUGAAAGGCCUAAAUUAGAUGUUUCUUUGCCUAAAUUAAAAUCAUCAGGUGUAGUUGGCAUUGAAGGUCCUGAUGUCAAGGGUGGAAAGAUUCACAUGCCCACUAUUGAUAUCUCUCUGCCAGGAGGAGGAGCAGGAGGAGAUGUAGAUGUUGAAAAACCUUCGGGAAAAGGAGGAAAAUUUGAAAUGCCUAAAUUAGAUGUUUCUUUGCCAAAAUUCAAAGUGUCUUCUGGAGAAAUCGAUGUUAAAGGUCCCGAUAUCAAGGGUGAAAUGUUUCAUAUGCCCUCUUUAGAUAUCUAUCUGCCAGGAGGAGGAGCAGGAGGAGAUGUAGAUGUUAAAGGACAUGCAGGAAAAGGAAGAAAAUUUGAAAUGCCAAAAUUUGACGUUUCAUUGCCUAAAUUAAAACCAUCAGAAGGUGAAAUCAACAUUGAAGGUCCCGAUAUCAAAGGUGGAAAGUUACACAUGCCCACUAUUGAUAUCUCUCUGCCAGGAGGAGGAGCAGAAGGAGAUGUAGAUGUUGAAGGACAUGCAGAAAAAGGAAGAAAAUUUGAAAUGCCUAAAUUAGAUGUUUCCUUGCCUAAAUUGAAGCCAUCAGGAGGUGAAAUCAACAUUGAAGAUCCCGAUAUCAAGGGUGGAAAGUUUCACAUGCCCUCUAUUGAUAUCUCCCUGCCAGGAGGAAGAGCAGAAGGAGAUAUAGAUGUUGAAGGACAUGCAGGAAAAGGAAGAAAAUUUGAAAUGCCUAAAUUAGAUGUUUCCUUGCCAAAAUUAAAGCCAUCAGGAGGUGAAAUCAACAUUGAAGAUCCCAAUAUCAAGGGUAGAAAGUUUCACAUGCCCUCUAUUGAUAUCUCUCUGCCAGGAGGAGGAGCAGAAGGAGAUGUAGAUGUUGAAGGACAUGCAGGAAAAGGAAGGAAAUUUGAAAUGCCAAAAUUAGAUAUUUCCUUGCCAAAAUUAAAAACGUCUGCUAGAGAAAUCAACGUUGAAGGUCCCGAUAUCAAGGGUGAAACGGUUCACAUGCCCUCUAUAGAUAUCUCUCUGCCUGAAGGAGAAACAGGAGGAUAUGUAGAUGUUAAAGGACAUGCAGGAAAAGGAAGAACAUUUGAAAUGCCUAAAUUAGAUGUAUCAUUACCUAAAUUAAAACCAUCAGGAGGUGAAAUCAAUGAUGAAGGCCCCAAUAUCAAGGGUGGAAAGUUUCACAUGCCCUCUAUUGAUAUCUCUCUGCCAGGAGGAGGAGCAGGAGGAGAUGUAGAUGUUGAAAAACCUUCAGGAAAAGGAAGUAAAUUUGAAAUCCCUAAACUAGACGUUUCUUUGCCAAAAUUCAAACUGUCUUCUGGAGAAAUCGAUGUUAAAGGUCCCGAUAUCAAGGGUGAAAUGUUUCAUAUGCCCUCUUUAGAUAUCUCUCUGCCAGGAGGAGGAGCAGGAGGAGAUGUAGAUGUUAAAGGACAUGCAGGAAAAGGAAGAAAAUUUGAAAUGCCAAAAUUUGACGUUUCAUUGCCUAAAUUAAAACCAUCAGAAGGUGAAAUCAACAUUGAAGGUCCCGAUAUCAAAGGAGGAAAGUUUCACAUGCCCUCUAUUGAUAUCUCUCUGCCAGGAGGAAGAGCAGAAGGAGAUAUAGAUGUUGAAGGACAUGCAGAAAAAGGAAGAAAAUUUGAAAUGCCUAAAUUAGAUGUUUCCUUGCCUAAAUUGAAGCCAUCAGGAGGUGAAAUCAACAUUGAAGAUCCCGAUAUCAAGGGUGGAAAGUUUCACAUGCCCUCUAUUGAUAUCUCCCUGCCAGGAGGAAGAGCAGAAGGAGAUAUAGAUGUUGAAGGACAUGCAGGAAAAGGAAGAAAAUUUGAAAUGCCUAAAUUAGAUGUUUCCUUGCCAAAAUUAAAGCCAUCAGGAGGUAAAAUCAACAUUGAAGAUCCCAAUAUCAAGGGUAGAAAGUUUCACAUGCCCUCUAUUGAUAUCUCUCUGCCAGGAGGAGGAGCAGAAGGAGAUGUAGAUGUUGAAGGACAUGCAGGAAAAGGAAGGAAAUUUGAAAUGCCAAAAUUAGAUAUUUCCUUGCCAAAAUUAAAAACGUCUGCUAGAGAAAUCAACGUUGAAGGUCCCGAUAUCAAGGGUGAAACGGUUCACAUGCCCUCUAUAGAUAUCUCUCUGCCUGAAGGAGAAACAGGAGGAUAUGUAGAUGUUAAAGGACAUGCAGGAAAAGGAAGAACAUUUGAAAUGCCUAAAUUAGAUGUAUCAUUACCUAAAUUAAAACCAUCAGGAGGUGAAAUCAAUGAUGAAGGCCCCAAUAUCAAGGGUGGGAAGUUUCACAUGCCCUCUAUUGAUAUCUCUCUGCCAGGAGGAGGAGCAGGAGGAGAUGUAGAUGUUGAAAAACCUUCAGGAAAAGGAAGUAAAUUUGAAAUCCCUAAACUAGACGUUUCUUUGCCAAAAUUCAAACUGUCUUCUGGAGAAAUCGAUGUUAAAGGUCCCGAUAUCAAGGGUGAAAUGUUUCAUAUGCCCUCUAUAGAUAUCUCUCUGCCUGGAGGAGAAGCAGGAGGAGAUGUAGAUGUUAAAGGACAUGCAGGAAAAGGAAGAAAAUUUGAAAUGCCAAAAUUUGAUGUUUCAUUGCCUAAAUUAAAACCAUCAGGAGGUGAAAUCAACAUUGAAGGUCCCGAUAUCAAAGGUGGAAAGUUACACAUGCCCACUAUUGAUAUCUCUCUGCCAGGAGGAGGAGGAGCAGGAAAUGUAGAUGUUGAAGGACAUGCAGGAAAAGGAAGAAAAUUUGAAAUGCCAAAAUUAGAUGUUUCUUUGCCUAAAUUAAAACCAUCAGGAGGUGAAAUCAACAUUGAAGGUCCCGAUAUCAAAGGUGGAAAGUUACACAUGCCCACUAUUGAUAUCUCUCUGCCAGGAGGAGGAGGAGCAGGAGCUGUAGAUGUCGAAGGACCUGCAGGAAAAGGAAGAAAAUUUGAAAUGCCUAAAUUUGAUGUUCCCUUGUCUAAAUUAAAACCACCAGGAGGUGAAAUCAACAUUGAAGGUCCCGAUAUCAAGGGUGGAAAGUUUAACAUGCCCACUAUUGAUAUCUCUCUGCCAGGAGGAGGAGCAGGAGGAGAUGUAGAUGUUGAAGGACAUGCAGGGAAAGGAAGGAAAUUUGAAAUGCCAAAAUUAGAUAUUUCCUUGCCAAAAUUAAAAACGUCUGCUAGAGAAAUCAACGUUGAAGGUCCCGAUAUCAAGGGUGAAACGGUUCACAUGCCCUCUAUAGAUAUCUCUCUACCUGGAGGAGAAACAGGAGGAGAUGUAGAUGUUAAAGGACAUGCAGGAAAAGGAAGAACAUUUGAAAUGCCUAAAUUAGAUGUAUCAUUACCUAAAUUAAAACCAUCAGUAGGUGAAAUCAAUGUUGAAGGCCCCAAUAUCAAGGGUGGAAAGUUUCACAUGCCCUCUUUUGAUAUCUCUCUGCCAGGAGGAGGAGCAGGAGGAGAUGUAGAUGUUGAAAAACCUUCGGGAAAAGGAAGUAAAUUUGAAAUGCCUAAAUUAGACGUUUCUUUGCCAAAAUUCAAACUGUCUUCUGGAGAAAUCGAUGUUGAAGGUCCCGACAUCAAGGGUGAAAUGUUUCAUAUGCCCUCUAUAGAUAUCUCUCUGCCUGGAGGAGACGCAGGAGGAGAUGUAGAUGUUAAAGGACAUGUAGGAAAAGGAAGAAAAUUUGAAAUGCCAAAAUUAGAUGUUUCUUUGCCUAAAUUAAAACCAUCAGGAGGUGAAAUCAACAUUGAAGGUCCCGAUAUCAAAGGUGGAAAGUUACACAUGCCCACUAUUGAUAUCUCUCUGCCAGGAGGAGGAGCAGGAGGAGAUGUAGAUGUAGAAGGACAUGCAGGAAAAGGAAGGAAAUUUGAAAUGCCAAAAUUAGAUAUUUCCUUGCCAAAAUUAAAAAUGUCUGCUAGAGAAAUCAACGUUGAAGGUCCCGAUAUCAAGGGUGAAACGGUUCACAUGCCCUCUAUAGAUAUCUCUCUACCUGGAGGAGAAACAGGAGGAGAUGUAGAUGUUAAAGGACAUGCAGGAAAAGGAAGAACAUUUGAAAUGCCUAAAUUAGAUGUAUCAUUACCUAAAUUAAAACCAUCAGUAGGUGAAAUCAAUGUUGAAGGCCCCAAUAUCAAGGGUGGAAAGUUUCACAUGCCCUCUAUUGAUAUCUCUCUGUCAGGAGGGGGAGCAGUAGGAGAUGUAGAUGUUGAAAAACCUUCGGGAAAAGGAAGAAAAUUUGAAAUGCCUAAAUUAGACGUUUCUUUGCCAAAAUUCAAACUGUCUUCUGGAGAAAUCGAUGUUGAAGGUCCCGACAUCAAGGGUGAAAUGUUUCAUAUGCCCUCUAUAGAUAUCUCUCUGCCUGGAGGAGAAGCAGGAGGAGAUGUAGAUGUUAAAGGACAUGCAGGAAAAGGAAGAAAAUUUGAAAUGCCAAAAUUUGACGUUUCAUUGCCUAAAUUAAAACCAUCAGGAGGUGAAAUCAACAUUGAAGGUCCCGAUAUCAAAGGUGUAAAGUUACACAUGCCCACUAUUGAUAUCUCUCUGCCAGGAGGAAGAGCAGAAGGAGAUAUAGAUGUUGAAGGACAUGCAGGAAAAGGAAGAAAAUUUGAAAUGCCAAAAUUAGAUGUUUCUUUGCCUAAAUUAAAACCAUCAGGAGGUGAAAUCAAUGUUGAAGGUCACGAUAUGAAGGGUGGAAAGUUACGCAUGCCCUCUGUUGAUACCUCUCUGCCAGGAGGAGGAGCAGGAGGAGAUGUAGAUGUUGAAGGACCUGCAGGAAAAGGAAGAAAAUUUGAAAUGCCUAAAUUUGAUGUUCCCUUGCCUAAAUUAAAACCACCAGGAGGUGAAAUCAACAUUGAAGGUCCCGAUAUCAAGGGUGGAAAGUUUAACAUGCCCACUAUUGAUAUCUCUCUGCCAGGAGGAGGAGCAGGAGGAGAUGUAGAUGUUGAAGGACAUGCAGGAAAAGGAAGGAAAUUUGAAAUGCCAAAAUUAGAUAUUUCCUUGCCAAAAUUAAAAACGUCUGCUGGAGAAAUCAACGUUGAAGGUCCCGAUAUCAAGGGUGAAAUGGUUCACAUGCCCUCUAUAGAUAUCUCUCUGCCUGGAGGAGAAACAGGAGGAGAUGUAGAUGUUAAAGGACAUGCAGGAAAAGGAAGAACAUUUGAAAUGCCUAAAUUAGAUGUAUCAUUACCUAAAUUAAAACCAUCAGGAGGUGAAAUCAAUGUUGAAGGCCCCAAUAUCAAGGGUGGAAAGUUUCACAUGCCCACUAUUGAUAUCUCUCUGCCAGGAGGAAAAGCAGGAGGACAUGUAGAUGUUGAAAAACCUUCGGGAAAAGGAGGAAAAUUUGAAAUGCCUAAAUUAGAUGUUUCUUUGCCAAAAUUCAAAGUGUCUUCUGGAGAAAUCGAUGUUAAAGGUCCCGAUAUCAAGGGUGAAAUGGUUCACAUGCCCUCUAUAGAUAUCUCUCUGCCUGGAGGAGAAGCAGGAGUAGAUGUAGAUGUUGAAGGACAUGCAGGAAAAGGAAGAAAAUUUGAAAUGCCAAAAUUUGACGUUUCAUUGCCUAAAUUAAAACCAUCAGGAGGUGAAAUCAACAUGGAAGGUCCCGAUAUCAAAGGUGGAAAGUUUCACAUGCCCACUAUUGAUAUCUCUCUGCCAGGAGGAGGAGCAGCAGGAGAUGUAGAUGUUGAAGGACAUGCAGGAAAAGGAAGAAAAUUUGAAAUGCCUAAAUUAGAUAUUUCUUUGCCAAAAUUAAAAGCAUCUGCAGGAGAAAUCAAUGUUGAAGGUCCCGAUAUCAAGGCUGAAACAUUUCAUAUGCCCUCUUUAGAUAUCUCUCUGCCUGGAGGAGGAGCAGGAGGAGAUGUAGAUAUUGAAGGACAUGCAGGAAAAGGAAGAAAAUUUGAAAUGCCUAAAUUAGAUGUUUCCUUGCCUAAAUUAAAACCAUCAGGAGGUGAAAUCAACAUUGAAGGUCCCGAUAUCAAAGGUGGAAAGUUACACAUGCCCACUAUUGAUAUCUCUCUGCCAGGAGGAGGAGGAGCAGGAGAUGUAGAUGUUAAAGGACAUGCAGGAAAAGGAAGAACAUUUGAAAUGCCUAAAUUAGAUGUAUCAUUACCUAAAUUAAAACCAUCAGGAGGUGAAAUCAAUGUUGAAGGCCCCAAUAUCAAGGGUGGAAAGUUUCACAUGCCCUCUAUUGAUAUCUCUCUGCCAGGAGGAGGAGCAGGAGGAGAUGUAGAUGUUGAAAAACCUUCGGGAAAAGGAAGAAAAUUUGAAAUGCCUAAAUUAGACGUUUCUUUGCCAAAAUUCAAACUGUCUUCUAGAGAAAUCGAUGUUAAAGGUCCCGACAUCAAGGGUGAAAUGUUUCAUAUGCCCUCUAUAGAUAUCUCUCUGCCUGGAGGAGAAGCAGGAGGAGAUGUAGAUGUUAAAGGACAUGCAGGAAAAGGAAGAAAAUUUGAAAUGCCAAAAUUUGACGUUUCAUUGCCUAAAUUAAAACCAUCAGGAGGUGAAAUCAACAUUGAAGGUCCCGAUAUCAAAGGUGGAAAGUUACACAUGCCCACUAUUGAUAUCUCUCUGCCAGGAGGAGGAGCAGCAGGAGAUGUAGAUGUUGAAGGACAUACAGGAAAAGGAAGAACAUUUGAAAUGCCAAAAUUAGAUGUUUCUUUGCCAAAAUUUAAAUCAUCAGGUGAAGUUGACAUUCAAGGUCCUGAUAUGAAGGGAGGAAAGUUUCAUAUGCCCUCUAUAGAUAUCUCUAUGCUAGGAGGAGGAGCAGGAGGAGAUUUAGAUGUUGAAAAACCUUCAGGAAAAGGAAGAAAAUUUGAAAUGCCUAAAUUAGAUGUUUCUUUGCCAAAACUAAAAACGUCUGCUGGAGAAAUCAAUGUUGAAGGUCCUGAUGUCAAGGGUGGAAAUUUAGACAUGCCCUCUAUAGAUAUCUCUUUAACUGGAGGAGAAGCAGGAGGAGAUGUAGAUUUUAAAGGACAUGCAGGAAAAGGAAGAAAAUUUGAAAUGCCAAACUUAGAUAUUUCAUUGCCUAAAUUAAAACCAUCAGGAGGUGAAUUUAACGUUGAAAGUCCCAAUAUGAAGGGUGGAAAGUUUCACAUGCCCUCUAUUGAUAUCUUUCUGCCAGGAGGAGGAGCAGAACGAGAUGUAAAUGUUGAAGGACAUGCAGGAAAAGGAGGAAAAAUUGAAAUGCCAAAAUUAGAUGUUGCUUUGCCAAAAUUUAAAGCAUUUGCUGGAGAAAUCAAUGUUGAAGGCCAAGAUAUCAAGGGUGGAAAGUUUCACAUGCCCUCUAUAAAUAUCUCUCUGCCUGGAGGAGGAUUAGGAGGAGAUGUAGAUGUUGAAGGACCUUCAGGAAAAGGAAGAAAAUUUGAAAUACCAGAAUUAGAUGUUUCUUUGCCAAAAUUAAAACCUUCAGGAGGUCAAAUUGACUUUGAAGGCCCGGAUAUCAAGGGUGGAAAGUUUCACGUGCCCUCUAUAGAUAUCUCUCUGCCGGGAACCACAGAGGGAGGGCUUAAACUGGGAGAUGACACUAAAAAAGGUAUAAGAUUUCACAUGCCCACUAUUGAUAUCUCUAUCCCUAAAAUGAAUCUAACAGAUCGUGAACUAAAAGUUCGGUCAGAUAAUAAAGACAUAGACUUUAACUUGACCCAUGAUUCUGAUAUAGAGACCAAAGCCUCUGGUGCCAAAAUUAGUGAUUUCAAUGUCCCUGAAGUAACUUUAGGUGGGAACAUCAAGCUGCCAAGUGUGAAAAUACCAACUGUUGACAUAUCUGCUCCUAAAGUUGACCUGGACUUUAGUCUUCCCAAGGGAAAGGGCAGUGAUAGAGAAAAUAUUGAACUUCUUAAGGCAGAGGGUGGAAGGCCGUCAUCUGAGGCAAGUUUUGAUGUUCCAGACGUCUCUGUAAAAAUGCCCAAAAUUUCACUUCCUAAAUUUGGCAGAAAAUCGAAAAGUGGAGACAAACUAGAACUGGAGAGUCCUGACUUAUCUAUAGAUUUGGAAAUGAAAAGAACAUCACCAUCUAAAAAGGAUACUGAAAUAAUUGUUCCUGACACUGAACUGAAGAUCAAAGCAGGUGCUGAAGAAAUUACAAAACCAGAAUUCAGAGUAGAGGGUCCUGAAGAUAAGGUCAAAUCCAAGUUCAAAUUCCCCAAAUUCAAGACACCUACUCCUAAAGCAAAGCUUAAAGAUGUAGAAAUACAUAUGCCUGGAUAUGUGGACAACAAAGGAAAAGUCAGAAUGCCAGCAGUUGAGAUAUCAUUGCCAAAAGCAAAUAUUUCAGAAUGUGAGGCAUUGCUUCCUAAACCUGAGGUUGAUGUAUCUGAGGCAGAUAUCAGAGGUUAUGAGGGCAGUUUAAAAAUCCCUAAGAUGCCAACAAUUGAUAUAUCAGUUCCAAAAGUUGAUUUAGAUGUUUCUUUGCCUAGGGUGAAACUUCAUGAACCCAUGGACUCUUCUGACUUAAACAUUGAUGGUAGUAGGGGUACAGUUAAUUUACCCCAUGUCAAGAUCCCUAAAGUUGACAUUUCACUCCCUCGUGCCAAAAUGGGUGGCAUAGAUAACCAUGAGGUGGAGGUUGGAAGGAAGGGUAAAUUAAGAAUUCCAAAAGUGGAAAUAUCAUUACCACAUGCAAAACACGACACAUUUUACACUGGCACCGAAAUUAAAGGUGAAAAGCUAAAAAUACCAAAAAUGUCAGUGCCUAGUGUUGAUUUAUCAUUGCCUCAUGGAAAGGAAAAUGAUGAUCCUGAUGUAGAAUUCGGAGCGAAAGGGAGUAAAUUAAAAAUGCCAGACAUUAUAGUGCCUAAGAUAGAUUUAUCACUACCUCGUGGAAGGAAAGAAGAUAAUCACAAACUUGAUUCAGAACUAGAAGGUGCGAAAUUAAAGAUGCCAAACAUUGAUAUACCCAUUCCUCAAAUAAAAUCUAAAGAUGUUGUUUCAGAACUUCAACCUGAUGUAGGAAAAGGUGAAGUCAUGAUCCCUGGGAUAAGGGGAUCUGUGGAAGUAAAAGGUGGACAAUGUAAGAUACCUGAUAUUAAGAUACCACAGGUAGACAUAUCAUUACCAGAAAGUAGAACUGGAGAGUUUGAUACCAAAGAGGGAGAAUCUGGAGGAGUGGGUGGAAAAUUGACAAUGCCGAAUGUUAAAAUCCCAAAACUAGAUAUAGGAAUCUCUAGAGAUGCAAACAUAUUAGAUCCUUCUAUUGAUGCAAGCCUUAAGGAUUCACAUAAAGAGGGUAAAAAGAUGAUGAUGCCUAAUGUGCCUCUAGAGCUGGAUCUUGGCAUAUCAAAAGAUGGAAACCAGGAUAAAAAGAAAUCUGAACUUCAAGAUACUGAUCUGGAACCCACACCGAAAGAAAAAAUAAAAGGGCCAAAAGUUAAAGGUACAAAAUUUAAUAUUGGAAUGCCAAAAGUAAAAGUUUCUGUAUUAGAAACUGACAUAAACAAGUCUGGAAAAAUGGAAGCUAAAUUUCUAAAAGGAGGAACUGAUGCAAACUUGGAAGCUGGUUUACAAGCACCAAAGAUUCCUGAACUUGACUUUGACAUUGAGACUGCCCAAGUUGACACUAAUAAUUCUGAUGAAGAUAAAAAGCAGACUGGUAAAGUUAAAAUUCCAAAGUUUGCGAUUCCUCUGCCUUCUUUAAGUUCACCUGAAAUCAACAUCAAAUCUUCUCAGGGAAAAGGUCACUCUAUAAACAUAGACUCCAAGGUAGAGUAUGAAAGUCCACGUCUGCCAAAAGUAACAAAAGCUGUAUUUGUUAUGGUGGAUCCACAAACUGAGAGCUCAGCUAGUGUAGGUGGUGAAGCAAGUGCAGAAACUAUAGAUGUGAAGAUUAAACAGCCAAAGAUCAAAAUGAAGCCGAGUUUUGGGAAGUCUCAAUCAAAUGAAAAGGGGAAAGCAAUAUAUUGCGAAGAUGAGGUGGAAACUGAGGGAAAGUCCAAAACUGCUAAGCUUAAAUUUCCCAAAGUCACAUUCUCAUCUGGGCAGAGAGGAUCAUUUGAUGUAACACCAAGUGGGUCUGAUGAUGGAACAAGUCCAAGUCUAAAUGGUAACAAAGAUGAAAAAACAAUGUUUGGAAAGCUUAAAUUGCCUAAAGUGGACUUUUUCUCACCAUACUCAAAAAAUGAAAGUGAGGAAGAGGAAAUGGAAACAAGCAUGAAACUCAGGAUGGACAGCUCAGGAGAAAGCAAAGAUAGCAAGGAGUCAAAGACAAUAUCAGGCACAAUGUCUUUCCCAGGUCUAAAGAAGAAAACAGAGAAGGAUGAGGAGAUGAGAAAGAUUAGUACUAUAGUAUCCUCAAAAGCAAGGACUGAAAUGUUGGCAGAACGGGAGGGAUCGGAGUCUCCAGUACCCACAGUAUCAUCUGGAUUUGUCUCUGUAAUGAAGUGUGAAGAAAGAGAGGAGACAACAUGGUUCAAAGUACCCAAGGUCACCCUUAGACCCCAUUCUACAGACAUCCUUCAUAUCACACCAGAAAGCUCUCCAAAAGGAAGCAAGUCCUCUCUUCCUUGUUCUAGUGAGGGAGCUUCUGGAGGUUUCUAUGUGAAGAUGCCAAGCGUAGAAUUUUUGACCCAUGAAAUGCCCUCAGAGCAUCUGAUUACUAAAACAGAGGGAACUCUUACUAUAGUGACUAAGACGACAAAGUAUACAGAAACAAAAGGUACCAGUUCGAAACAGUAAGAAUCUCACAGAACUGUGAGAUCUAAUCAGUAGUGGAAUAAUAAUCAGGCCCACUUAUUUGCAUGUGACAACUGUUUCAAUCUUACUGGUUUCAUUAUAUUUAAAGUAAAGAAAGCAAACAUACUUUCUCCAGCUUUUGCAGGAAAAACCUAACUUAUAUAUGAUCAAAAUGUUGCUACAGAAAUAAUAUUAUUUAUUUUAAACAUUAUUUUCAUGUUUUGUAACUUCCCACUUUAAAUUGAUAAAUUUGUAAAAGAUAACAUAUAUUUACACAGAAAUAUAUAGUUGUAGAUAAAAAAUAAAUAAAAAACAUCAUAGGCACAAAUAUGUAGAACAUGGACAGAUGCAAAGACAUUGCAUUUUACAUUUUCUUAUGUUUUUUUUUUUUGUGUGCAGCCUUGCAUGACAUUUAUGCUGCAGAAUUACACCAUUUUGGUAACAUUGCUUUGGUUUUUCGAUGCCUGGUUUGUCUCUGUAGUUUUUGGCUGUUGUUAUGGAAUUUUGUUUAUUUUAGAUACUAUUAGAAAUAUGUGUACAUAUUUAUAUGCAUGAUCUGUACAGCUAAGAACCUGUAACGUAGAGUAUUUUUGUGAUACAUAUUUUUGUGAAUUUUAAGAUAAAUUGAAACAACAUGAAGUUUUUUUUUUUUUUUUUUGAUCACAUUUUCUAAGGAUUGUGACAUGCUGUACCAGAAAGAAUUUUUCUGUUCAGGAGAAAUGCUCUGAAUUCUAAUGAAUUGAAAACACUGAGUGUGACAUGUUUUUCUUUUCUUUUCUUUUUUUAAUUAGCUCUUGUGUUGGUGAUGGAAUUGGCCUACAUGCGAGCAAUAUCAUUGUAUAUAUAAUAUUUAAGGCAGGUUUAAUUACAGAACUGCAUGUUUUUAAUGUGUUGUUGUUGUUUAAAAUAAUUUAGAUGAUGCUUAUCUCCAUCUAGUGCAAAAAUAGAACCGUCAAAUAAAAUAUUACCAUACUAAA